GCGGGGCGGCGGGCGGGGCGUACGGCGGCCGGGAGGGCGGCGGCCGCGGCGGGAUGGAGUCGGUGGUCUUCAUCUUCUCGCUGAUCGACUGCUGCGCCCUCAUCUUCCUCUCCGUCUACUUCAUAAUUACACUGUCAGAUUUGGAAUGUGACUACAUUAACGCUAGAUCGUGCUGCUCAAAACUCAAUAAAUGGGUGUUUCCUGAAGUGAUUGGUCAUGCUGUUGUAACUGUAUUAAUGCUUAUUUCAUUGCACUGGUUCAUCUUUCUCCUUAAUUUGCCAGUAGCAACAUGGAAUAUAUAUAGGUAUAUUAUGGUGCCAAGUGGAAACAUGGGGGUAUUUGAUCCCACAGAGAUCCAUAACCGAGGACAACUGAAAUCACACAUGAAGGAAGCCAUGAUUAAACUAGGCUUUCAUCUGCUCUGCUUCUUCAUGUACCUGUACAGUAUGAUUCUGGCUUUGAUAAAUGAUUGAGAAGUUGAAAAAGAUCCAUUAGCUGCCAAAUUGGGUCAUCACUCCAGUGACUGGUUGUGGAGCUACAGACGCCUUCCGAACAUACCUAGCUCAGUGUUGUCAUGCAGUAUAUUUUUCCUCUUUGAACAAUAAAUAUUUUUCUGUAUUUUUAACAUAAAAUAUUUUCAAAAGACAUUGGAUCUGUGUAGCAGUUGUUUUUGUUCCUUUACAACCCAAACUGCUGGAGCUGCUGCUUCUGUAAGAUGAAAUCCUUGCUUACAGAACUCAUCUGGAAUUAAAUGGUGAGAAAGGGAACAUGUUUCAGCACUAUGUGCUGGUAAUAGUGUUAGUUCCAGAAAAAAAUUAAAUGCAGCUCUGAUGUCUGCUUCUUACUGAAAGUUGUCAAGAUUGUGCCUCUGGAUCUCAAGCUGUCCCAUUAGAUCCUAGUUUGAAGAAGAUUUCAAAGUGGAACACUAGCACAGCUUGCUUCUUUGUCAGUUUUUUCCCAGCUAAAAAGCAAUGGAAUAGAAGUGAUGCUUUUCUACCUUUCCACCCCUGUCUCCAACAAACUCUAUGAAGUCUUGUAUUGAGAAGGAUCAAGGUCCCCUUGGUGAAAGUGACACUUGGGUGUAAGGGUGAAAAAACCAAGAUGAAACAUUAAUACUUUUUCCCUUCAACUCCUAUUUUGUCAUUGAACUGCAUCCUUGAUCUCCAUACAAAGUAAAGCUCAUAUUGCACCAGGGUUGGAGUUGGUUAUAAAAAGACUAUGUGCAGUGACUGCUUCAUGAACCUGCUGUUUCCAUAUCCAGGGAGGUGAAUCAAGAGCAUGUCUAGCUUGGAGAGAUGGUCUGGUGAACCAUAAUCCAGUUAUCCCAAUUCUGAUGUAACUCUGCUUCAAAAACACCAGCAAAUUAAGUUUGUUUUGUGUGGCUUUUGUGUCAGUGAUAAAUACAUAUAAGCCUGAGUUUGUAUCCUGUCUUUAAAAUUUUCUAUGUGUAUAGGAACAGGCUUUUUGAAAUAAACACAUUGAGUGAAACAAAAAAUACAGUUCUGUAAAUAA